AUGGUUAAAUCAACAUCACAAUCAAAUAAGCAAAAGAAAGUUACAACAAGUAAACAUAAAGAAAGAUCAUUCGAAGACAAUGGCAAAACACAUGAAGUUGACGUUUCCAUCAGUAAAGGUGAAGAGAAACAUCGUAUUCUUGCACAAAGCUAUCCUAUAAAAUUGGCAAUGUGGGAUUUCGGUCAGUGUGACAGCAAGAAGUGUACAGGUAGAAAACUAGAGAGACUCGGUUAUGUCAAAGCAAUCAGUCUUGGAAAUAAAUUUAGAGGUAUUGUUCUAACACCUGAUGGUAAGCAAUCUAUUUCACCAAUAGAUAGAGAAAUAGUUGAACAACUUGGUAUAUCAGUAGUCGAUUGUUCAUGGGCUAAAUUGGAAUCGAUUCCAUUUGCAAAGAUGAGAGGUGGUCAUGAUAGAUUGUUACCAUUCCUUAUUGCUGCGAAUCCAGUUAAUUAUGGUAAACCAUUCAAGUUGUCCUGUGUAGAAGCAGUUGCAGCUUGUCUGUUCAUCACUGGUUUCGAUAAGGAAGCACAUCAGAUAUUGAGUGGAUUCAAAUGGGGACCAUCGUUCUACACUGUGAACAAAGAUCUAUUUGAAAGAUACUCAUUGUGUAAAGAUAGUACUGAUGUUGUCAAUGUACAGAAUGAAUUCCUAAAGAAGUGUCAAGAGGAGCAGUUGGAGAAGAUCAACGCAUUGAGCAUAACAGACGACGAUGGUUUAAUUUCAAAUCCAAAUAGAUUAGUACAACAAGAUAUAGAAUAUGGUGAAGAAGAAGAUGAUGAUGAUGACGAUGAUGAUGAUGACGGGGAUGAAGAGGAGGAAGAUGAAGAAGAAGAAGAAGAAGAAGAGGAAGAGGAAGAGGAAGAAGAGGAAGAAGGAAAAGUAGAAGAAAAUAAAGGUGAAACUAAUCAAGACGAUGAUGACGAAGAUGAAGAUGAUGAAGAAGAGGAGGAAGAAGAGGAUGAAGAAGAGAUAAAGAAGAAAUAUAGAGAAAAGAAAGAACAACAACUACAAAAGAGAGAAGAAAGAAAUCAAAGAAAAGAACAAGAAAAAUCAUCUGGAAACAAUAAGAAGAACAGGCAUAGACGUUAA